UGCAGAGAGAAGCCGAAGAAGGAAGGAAGAAAACGAUAGAAAACAAGAAAAGGAAGAAUACAGGUUGAGAUUCUAUCGUUCUUAAAUUCUGAGAGGCCGCCGUAACAAGUUGGAGCAUUGAUAUGGGAAGCAUUUAUGAGCGAGUACGUGAACUAAAAGCUUUUGAUGACUCAAAAGCUGGUGUGAAGGGACUUGUAGAUGCUGGGGUGACAAACAUCCCCAGGAUAUUCAUUCAUGAGAAACAAAACCUCGAUGUUAAGACGUGCUCCUCUCAUGCAAAUAUCAAAAUUCCAAUCAUAGAUCUUCAAGGAGUUAAAAAUGAUGAACGUUCACGCGUUGAGAUAAUUGAGAAAGUUAAAAACGCUUGUGAGAAGUUCGGUUUCUUCCAAGUGGUCAAUCAUGGAAUUCCAGUAACCAUUUUGGAUAAAGUAAUUGAUGGGAUCAGUAAAUUUCAUGAGCAAGAUGUUGAUAUUAAGAAAGAAUACUACUCACGCGAAUACUCCACUAAAAAGGUACUGUAUAAUUCCAAUUUUAAUCUGUUUGAAGCACCGGCUGCUUGUUGGAGGGAUACUUUAACUUUAGUUAUGGGACAAGAUUUUCCAAAUCCUGAUGAACUGCCCGCAGCAUGCAGAGACAUAAUGAUGAGUUACAAAAAUGAGGUACUGAAAUUAGGGUUUACCCUAUACCAACUAAUUUCUGAAGCUCUGGGGCUUGACCCCAAUUACUUAAACGACAUGGGUUGUGCAGAGGCAAUGUUCGUUCCAUGUCAUUAUUAUCCGGCAUGCCCAGAACCGGAAUCGACAAUGGGCGCAACCACACAUGCUGACAGUGGCUUUCUCACUGUGCUUCUACAAGACCAAAUCGGUGGCCUUCAAGUCCUCUAUGAAAAUCAAUGGAUCCACGUUGCCCCAACUGCUGGAGCUCUAGUAGUCAACUUAGGAGAUUUAAUUCAGCUCAUUACCAACGACAAGUUUGUAAGUGCAUAUCACAGAGUGGUGGCAAGAAACGAAGGCCCAAGAAUAUCAGUAGCAAGUAUUUUCAGGACAAGUUCUUAUCCGGAGAAUAACUCGAGGCUGUAUGGACCAAUUAAGGAGUUGCUAUCGGAAGAAAACCCACCAAUCUAUCGCCAAAUUACCAUAACAGAAAUGAUCGCUCAGAAACACUCAAAAAGUACCCCAGGAGUGUCUGCAUUGGCACCAUUUAAACUGUGAUGUCCGCCAUGGUUAUUUGUGGCUUCUUGGAGUUGGAGUUGUACCUUCACUUCUUAAAAUAAGGCCUACCUAUAUAUUUUUGGGGUUGUUAGGAACUCGUGUUUGAUGAUAGCUCUUUUUAAGUCUACGUUUGUGUUGUCUGAGAAUAAGCCCUAGUUUAUGUUGGAUUUGUGCAUGCCAGCAGAAACUAUAACUUCUGAAUUUGAAAU